GCCUGAUUGCAUGAUUGGUAUAUGACUCGAUAUUAUUGCUGUCGGACAGAUGCCACAUCGCAAGCGUUUGUUCUUACUAAUGGCCCCGGGUCGUGGCAGGUGGAACCAGAUGAACACUGAACGGCGACCGCCUGCUUUGGAGCUGUGCCCGCGUUCGUUCCGAUCCGGACAUCGCAAACGAUGCCUUGAUUGGAAAACAUAGCCUCAAGCGUUAAUAUCCGAUGUGCAUAUAAAAAUGCUGCGAUGGGUCAAGCUUAACCAUCCGAAGACCCACAUAUCCGCUUCUAAAUCGUCUCAAUUAUGUCUCCCACUGUCCCUCUUGGCCCGGGACCUGAAGUCAUCUCCCUGACAGUGUUCGUCAGGAACGGCCUCAGCUCCAUCUAUUCCGCUACCUCGCAGGCAGCCUUCGACAAGGCAUUCAGCGAUUUCUUCCACAACGACGCCAAGAUCACGGUGAACGGCAAACACCUCACCCUUGCUCAGUACAAGCAACAGCUGCAGGGAGAGAAGUUCCUCGAGCAAAGCUCGCAGGUGUCGAUCCUCAACUCUGUCGAGGUGACCACCGGACGGGUUGGGCUGAUUGAGACGGGCAGUGUUGGAAUCUACUACAAGGUCCAACUCUACGAGCGAUUGCUCUUCAUGGGUGCUCCCGUCGAGAGUAUCCUAAAUUCGUCUUUGAAUGCUCAGGUCACUGCUGAGGGAAAUGUAGUCAAGGUCUCCGCACUCGAUGAGGUUGCAUUCGACCAGGUUCCGCGUUAAGUUUGAGAAUCGAUUUG